AUGGUGAAGAGGUCAGUCAAGAUGCUAGAUCCAAGAAACGUGCCUGAGGCGGAACUCUCAGAAGAAUCAUGUGAACUGGAAGCUGCAGCUGUUCUCCCAGCGUCCUGCCUCCAACAUCUGGACAGCAGCAACUGGAAAGAGCGGAUUUCCUGCCUGGAGGCAUUUGAGAAGGCCGUGGAAGGAAUGGAGAAGAACCAGGUGCCCUGCCAGGCUCUUGUGCGGCUGCUGGAUAAAGAACCAGGAUGGAACGAGACAAAGCUCCAAGUGAUGCAGAAGAAGCUGCACAUUGUCGCCCUCAUUGCCCAGAGAGGGAACUUCUCCAAAACCUCAGCUCAGUUUGUCCUGGGAAACCUGGUGGACAAGAUCGGGGAUGUAAUCUGUAGCGAUGACACCAAGGAAGCUCUGACUGCGGUAGCAGAUGCCUGCGGGUUGUCCUGGACGGCAGGGAAGGUCAUAGAAGCAGCCUUUUUGCAAGACAGCCCCAGAACGCACUCCGAAACCCUAAACUGGCUGGCUGGUGCCAUUAAAGACUUUGGCUUUGGAGGUAUGGAGGCCAAAGCCUUUGUCUGCUACAUUAAAUCUGCCUUGGCUGCUGCCCACCCGGAUGAGCGAGCUUCCGCCUUCAACCUCCUGGGAGUGAUGUACCUGUAUGUCGGAGCCCCGCUAAGGGCCUUUUUUGAGGAUGAAAAGCCCUCUCUUCUCUGCCAGAUCGAUUCAGAGUUUGAGAAAGUAAAUGGUCAAAGUCCGCCCCCUCCCAUCCGUGGCCGCUGCAAGUUUUGUAGGGAUGGCGGGAAUGAACAGAGAGGGGGCGAUGCUCAGCCCUGCAGGAGAACUGGAGCGGUUGACAUUAGCAAGAAGAUCUCAACUGAGCUGAUGUCCAAGAUGCAGGAUGCGAGCUGGAAGGUCCGGAAGGAAGGGCUCGAGGAGGUUUCCAGGAUCCUCAAUGAUGUUAGUUCCAUCCAGCCCAGCCUUGGGGACCUCCCCAUUGCCUUGCAGGCUUGCCUGCAUGACUCCAAUAAAGCCCUUGUGAAGCAGACCCUCUUUAUCCUUCAGCAGCUGGCGAAGGUCAUGGGCCCAGGCAUCAGGCAACAUGUCAAGACUCUGGGAAUGUCCAUCAUCGCCAUCUUAAGAGACAGUAAGAGCAGCCUGCGAGCUGCAGCCCUCAUGACUGUGGACACCUGGGCGGAGCAAACCGGCAUGAAGGAAUGGCUGGAUGGGGAAGAUCUCUCUGCAGAUCUGAAGAAGGAGAAUUUUUUCCAGAGGCAGGGGCUCCUGGGCUGGCUGGCUGAGAAGCUGCCGUCUUCCAGUUCUGCUCCCAGUGACCUGCUUCGUUGCCUGCCUCACGUCUAUGCAGCCUUGGAGGACCGUCAUGAGGAAAUGCGCACGGUUGCACAUGAGGCCCUGCCAUUUUUUCUUCUCCAGCUUGGCUUUGAGAGGAUGUCUGAAGCUGCCAGCAAACUGAAACCAGCUUCCAAAGAACAGGUGCUCUCUCUGCUGGAGGAAGCCAAAGCUGGCCACCCAUCCAAGCCCAUCCUCAGUUUUUCCAAGUCACUUUCCAAGCUCCCGAGGGGUAAGUCUUGGCCCAAAUCAAUCUUGGUUUCUCCCCAGCCGUGCAACUCAGCCUCCUUCUUUACUGAAAAUGUAGGAUCCAGUGAGGUGGGCUUCGAUAUCAAAAACGCCAAACCAGAAGGAAUUGUCUCCAAGCCCAAGAGACUACUGAAUGUGAAGGUGCAGACAAAACUCAGCAUGAAGGAAGACACCAGCAAGCUGGGCCCCAUUUUCAUCAUCGUCCCCAAAGCCAAAGAGCAGAGGGCAAAGGAUGAGAAGGCUCUGAAGGUGCUGAGGUGGAACUUCAGCACCCCGAGCAGCAAGUAUGUGGAGCAGCUGAAGGCUCAGAUGUGUGGUUGCCUCUCUAACUGGCUGCAGGAGGAGCUGUUCCACUCCAACUUCCAGCACCACAUCAAAGCUCUGACUGUGAUGACCAAGCACCUGGAGAGUGAGAAGGACGGGGUCAUCAGCUGCCUGGACCUCAUCCUGAAAUGGCUCAGCCUGCGGCUCUUUGAUACCAACACAUGGGUGCUGAUGAAGACCUUGGAGUACCUCAAAAGGCUCUUCAGUCUCCUGAUUGAGGAGAGAUACCAGCUGAUGGAGAACGAGGCCACCUCCUUCCUUCCCUACCUCCUCCUGAAAAUGGGGGGCACUAAAGAGUCCAUCCUCAAAGAGGUGCGGGCCAUAGUGAAGCAGACCACCCUGAUCUACCCAGCUUCCAAGACCUUCUGUUUCCUUCUGGAGGGAGCACAGGCCAAGAAUGCCAACCAGCGGGUGGGGUGCUUGAAAGAGCUAGGAUGGCUGCUCAAGACACAUGGUCCAGAAGUGUGUCAGCCAAACCCCAGCAAAACCCUGAAGACCCUCAUCACCUUAACAGGAGAUUCAAACAAUGCUGUCCAUUGUGUGGCCUUAAAGGUCAUUGCGAUUGCCCGGGAUGUUUACGGAGUCGAGGCAUUCAAGGCAAUCGGGAAUAUCUCUGACAAACACAUGAGCUUAUUGGAAGAGAGCAUGAAAGAGGCAGCGGCCAAACAAGUCAAGGAAGAAAAAGUGGACACUCAGGUCUUCAACCUGGGUUUUAGGCUGGGGUCAUUAGAAGGCUACAGACAAAGCCACGGAUCUGGCAGCCACACAGGGGAAGAAUAUUUGGUUUCCCAUAUGGAGCAAGCUGGGGGGGAGAAUGCGGAUGGCAUGGCCUUCGGCAAGAGUCCAAAACCAGUUGUAAUCAUUCCCUGUGGCAUGAACCCUGAGCCUCAGGCUGGGAGCAGCAUCACCCCCAACAUCAAUAUGAUCAUCUGCCGUGUAGCCAGUGGCAGCAUCAGCACUAGUAUUGAGGCACUAGUGCAAAUCCGAGAGAUUCUAAGGCAGGAGGGCAACGUGGACACCAUGUCUGGCCAUAUCAACCCAUUCUUGAUAGCAAUGCUCCGGCAACUGAAGUUCAUCCACCAGCUCCAUGUGACAGCGGAGAGGGAGAUGAGGAAGGAAAAAGCCAUUGAGCUUUACAGCUGUGUCAUUUCCAACAUGGUCUGCCUCUUCCAGGUGGAAAGCCUCGCCCAGGAAGCUUCUGCUGGGGUGCUGAAGGACCUCAUAAACAGCCUCAUCACCUUAUUGCUGGAUGCUCCCAUUGAAGAGCUUCAAGAAGGCCAGGGCAUUGCCCAGUCUGUCAAUCUCUUGAUAAACAAGGUGCUGGAGAAAUCAGACCAUACCAGGCUUCUCAGCUCUUUGCUGCUUCUGCUUCAUGAAGGAUUGACUGCCCCCACUAAUCCCAUCGCCUUUUCUGAAAUGGUGGCCAAAUGCUUGUGGAAAGCCACCAAGUUCCUUCCACUAACCAUCAGUAAUCUCAAUUUGGACCAGCUCCUCCUGGAAGUCCACAUCUUCAUGAAGGCAUUGCCCAAAGAAAAGUUGAAGCAGCACCAGAGCAACUACCCACUCCGGGCACUGAAGACUCUUCUGAACACCCUUUGCAAGCUGAAGGGAGCAGAGAUCUUGGACCACCUUGGGCUGAUAGAGAACAGAGGUGAGUCUGAGCUUGAGGCCCACCUGUGGAAGGCUGUGAGGCACUUGGUGGAGCAGGCUGACACUGAUGGGGACAAGGGCUCUUCGGGCCCAGCUGAGGUCCAUGCAAAUGAUACACUGGCCGCCAUUUUCAAGAAGAUCAACUCCAAGGAGACUGCCAGGGCAGGCCUUGAGGAACUCUAUGAAUACAAGGAGAAAAACCCAGAGGCUAACUUGGAACCUUUCUUGAAAAACAGCUCCCUCCUUUUCCGGAGCUAUGUCAAGCACGGUUUGGCAGUUAUAGGGUCAGAGAGAGAAAGCAAACAGAAGAGCUGUUUUUCUGUAGAAACUGGCUUAGAGUGA